UUAUCCGGAUGAAGCAUCAGUUCAGGGUGAAAGGUCACCUUCUUGGAAAAACAAAGCGUCCGAGAACAAUUGCAAUAUGCGUCAUGUUGAAGUUUUCAGAAGUUUCCAGAGAUCAUUCUUUGUGAAUCGACUGACUUGAUCAAAAUGAAAAUUUCAUCCAGUGGCCGAGACUGAACUGAAAAUAGCCUUCAACAAUUGCAGUUGUUAAAAAGCGGUCACUGAACAAAUCAAAUCAGGAAGUUCAUAAGAGGGUUACUAAUUUAUUCGGAAAGCUGCAGUUCAGCACAGGGUACGAACACGCCACACCAAGUACUAACGGACCGUAACAACACGAUGCGGACUGUCAGGGUUGUGUUUCUGCUGUUUGCUGUUUUACAAGUUUUUCCAGCAGUCAGCCAGAGCAGUGCCACUGUGAGUAGUUCUCCUUCCACCAGCGCUACAGCUUUUACAAGUGUCUCUUCAAGUACCUCAACGUCUUAUAGCACAAGCAGUUCAGUUUCUACAAACGUUUCAGCAGCUAUUUCGACGGCUCCGAGAACCAGCUCGUCAUUUUCCACUAGUGUGUCAGCAAGUAUUUCAACGUCCUUCUUCAAUACGAACCCUUCGGUUUCCACAACUGUUUCUUCACGUGUCACUUCAUCUCCUCUUGAAGCAAUUUCAACAUGUGUAUGCCCAAAUAUCUCGUUUUCCUUCACUACCGGGACGAGUUCCUCUGAAAAUGUUAUAACAUCCCUUACAACGAGUACUUCAGAUUCCCCAACGCGUAAUUCAGAUUCCUCCACGUUUCUUAGCACAAGCGCUUCAGUGUUCUCAACUGUCUCCCAAAGUGUCUCGACAUCUUCUAUUGGUAACGUGGCUCUUGCAUCGUGUGUAUGUCCCAAUACUUCACUACCCGUUACCACCAGCAUAAUGUAUCCUGCAAGUGUCUUAGCGUCUCUGAGCGGAAGUACUUCCGUACCUUCAAGUGUGUCCUCAAGUUACUCAUCGUCUCUCGGUGCUGGUGGUUUGGCUGCCACAGCUGGUUCUCCAAGUCUAUCGACGUUUCCUAUUACAAGUGCGUUACCUUCAACUUGUGUAUGUCCUAAUAUCUCGUUGUUCUCCAGUGGUAGCAGCAGCAGCAGAAGCGGCAGCAUAAGUGCCUAUGCAAGUGCCUCAACGUCGCUUAGCGCGAUUACCUCUGUCUCUCAAAGUGUGUCUCCAAUUCACUCGACGUCCUUCAGGACAAGCGCUACAAUUUCAGCAACAGCUGGUUCUCCAGGUGCCGCGACAUCUACUACCAGCGCACCACGUUUCACCUGUUUAUGUCCCAGUAUCUCGUUGUCGCUCAGUAGCAGCACAGCAAGUUCUUCAGUUUCCCUCAGUGUGUCUCCAAGUGGCGUAACGUCUCCCAGUUACAGAAAUGCUUCGCGAAGUGUUUUGGAAUUUUCUCUUACCAGUGAGCCACGUUCCACAUGCUUAUGUCCCAGUAACUCGUUGUCCCUUAGCAGCAGAACAAGUCUCCUUACAAGUGCUUCAACGUCCAUUAGAGUCACAGCUACUGUCUUCCCAAGUACGUCCGCAGGUGACUCAACAUCGCUAAGUGAAAGCGCUUCAGUUUUCGGAACAGCGUCUUCGAACGACUCGUCAUCUUCAACUCGAAAUGCUCUAUUUUCAACCUAUGUGGUUCCCAGUGUCUCGUUGCCUGUCAGCAGCACAAGUGCCUCUGCAAGUGCCUCAGCAUCCUUAAAAACAAGUAUUUCGGAAACCCCGAGCCUGUGGUCAAGUGACUUAACUGAUCUCAGUAACAGCGUCUUAGCUUCUCCAAAUGUCCCGAAAUCCCCUAUUAGCAGUACCCUACUUUCAACAUGCGUAUGUCCCAGCACAAGCAGUUCAGUUACUACAAGUAUGUCUCCCAGUUUGUCGACAUCUCUCAGCAGAGAACGUUCACGGUCUUCAAGUAUGUCUUCCAUUCUGUCGACGUCUCUAAGCAGAUACAGUUCAGUGUCUAAAGGUAUAUCUUCAAGUUUGACAACAUCUCAAAGCAAAGAAACUUCAGUUUCUGCAAGUACCUCUUCAAGUCUCUCGACAUCUCUCACCAGAAGUAUUUCCCUUUCAGCAAAUGUCUCUCCCAGUCUGUCAACGUCCUUAACAACAAUCAUUUCAGUUCCUAAAAGCAUCUCUCAAAGUCUAUCAACGUCCCUCAGCGCAGGCAUUUCAGUUUCUAAAAGUACCUCUCAAGGUUUCUCGACGUACUUCAGCAGAAGCAUUACAGUUUCUACAAGUAUCUCUCAAAGAUUGUCGACAUCUUUCAGCAGAAGCAAUUCAGUUUCUACAAGUAUCUCUCCAAGUCUGUCGAUGUCGCUUAGCUCAAGUAAUUCUGUGUCUGAAAGUGUCUCUGCAAAUGUGUUUACGUCCUUCAGCAGAAGCAAUUCAGUUUCUACAAGUACCCCUCCAAGUCUUUCGAUGUCCCUCAGCAAAAGUAAUUCUGUUUCUGAAAGUAUCUCUCUAACUGUUCUGUCGACGUCUCUCAGCGCAAGUAAUUCAGUUUCUGAGAGUACUGUUUCAAGUCUGUCGAUUUCUCUCAGCGCGAGUAAUUCAAUUUCUGGAAGUAUCUCUUCAAGUCUGUCGAGGUCCCUCAGCGCAAGUAAUUCAGUUUCUGAAAGUAUCUCUCCAAGUCUGUCCAUGUCCGUCAACGCAAGUAAUUCUGUUUCUGAGAGUAUCUCUCCAAGUGUGUCGACGUCCCUCAGCAAAAGUAUGUCAGUUUCUGCAAGUAUCCCUCGAAGUUUGUCGACAUCUCUUAUGGGAAGUAAUUUAGUUUCUACAAGUAUCUCUCCAAGGCUGUCGACCUCCCUGACCUCAAGCAUUUCAGUUUCUGCAAGUGUCUCUCCAAGUAUGUCGACGUUUGUCAGCACAAGCAGUUCGGUUUCUGCAACACCUCCAUAUGUGAAUAACAUGUAUCAUUACGGCCUGAAGCAGGGUGAUCACGAGUUUCGUCUUAGCGACUCGCCAUAUUACUACAGUAGUCAUUGUCUGGAGGUCAAAACAGACCGCUUUGGAUUUCCCUUCUUCGGAGAGCGGCAUUACAAAUUAUACAUAUGUCGCAAUGGCAAAAUCCAACUCAACUAUGAAUGGAGCUGGUGGUGGCCACAAAGGUUUGGCGUCUACCGAUGGUUUAACAAUAUGGCUAUUAUUGCACCAUUCUGGGCCACUGCUGAUGAGUACAUCGCUUUCAAAGCUGGUUACUCGAAGGUGUAUUACCACGUGUAUGAACAAGUCAGACAAACCACCGUUGAAAGCCUAACCAGUGAAGUCCUGACCAUGGCCUCAGAACAUGUUCAACGCUACGGCAAAAGUGGAAAAUUUGCCAACUUUAGAGCCACUUGGGUUCUGGUUGUAACGUGGGAAAACCUCUGCCCUUACGUGUAUUAUUUAUACUUGUACUCCUUGUACUGCCCCGGGAGCAACACGUUUCAAGCUGUCAUCAUCACAAACGGGCUCAACACAUUCUUGCUGUUCAAUUACCCCAGUGGAGGAAUUAACUGGGUUGUUCCGGGAGUUCCGAAUGAUUUAAGUUACUAUUCCUAUUGGACUAGUUGGUACGGUAUUCCUGUCGGAGGCUGGAACGCUGGAGACUAUGGAAAAAACUACUUAAACAUGAAGGGCUCGGGGACUUUGCUUGGAAUGUUAAAUCUUGAUGAAAACGAAGGAAACACCGAUUUGAUUGGAAGAUAUUUUUGGAGGAUCGAGGACAGCGAUGGUUUCGGCUCGUUGGAGAAGUGCUUCACUUGGGCUGGUCUUCAAGAAUUCCUGGCUUUCCCUGUUUUGUAUAAUCAGCAGAUAGGCCGGGAUUGGCGCAUGGCUUGUCCUUGUAGUGAAUCGCAGGCGUGGUUGGAUAGAGGGAGAUUCCGUUGGGACCGGUAUUCAUGGCCCGAUUAUUGCUACGAGUCAAGACGCUCAAAAUCCGUCUUUCGUUACAGUCCUCAAAAGGGACUGAUAUAUUUUAGGAUGACGCAAAUGUGUUGUUACUCCUCGGACUGGAAAAACUGGGGUGCACUUAAGGUUGGCGAGCCUGACGGAGGUCGCGUCAAAGUGCAAGCUUAUUAUUAUUGGUUGAAUCGCGUUGAGACGGUUUACACUGACCAGCAAGCCUACAGAUAUUGUUGUGUUGACAUCAGUUACUGCGAUUUAUUUUAUUAUUAUCGUCCAUCUGAUGACUGCCGCUUUUACAGACCUCCCCGUAGACGUUGGUUCUGUUGCGAUCCUCAUUUCAAGACUCUGGAUGGUGGGAAUUACACAUUUAAUGGCCUUGGAGAGUACGUCAUGAUCGAUGCACAAAACGGAACUUUUCAGCUCCAGGCCAGGACAGGCCUUGCGCAGGGGAAUUCAACAACGGCUACUAUUUUUACAGCUGGGGCUGCUAAAGAAGAAAACACCAGCAUUGUUGAAGUGAAAGUGAAGAAAGGAGGUGGUAUCAGCAUUUUCAUUGACCGCGUAGUUUACAGUGGUUAUAGCAAUCUAACAAACCAAAGUGUAAGCGUUGGAGGUAAUAUCUCUUUCUUAAAACCUAAAGAAAACUGUCUGGAGGUUUCUUUCCCAUCAACGACGGCCGUCGAAUUCUGUGAGAAGAAAGAAAUGCUGUCCUUCGUUGUAACUCCUGGAGAUGAUUAUAAGAAUGCCACGAAAGGUUUGCUGGGAACUUGGAAUGAUAACCCGGAUGACGACUACACGUUGCCUGAUGGGACGGUUCUACAAUCCUCCUCAUCGUUUAGAGAGAUUCAUUUCAAGUUUGGUGUUAAGUGGCAAAUUAAUCAAUCCCAGUCCUUAUUCGCCUACGCUAAAAAUGAAAGCGUGGACACGUUUGCUAAGCUGGAUUUCGAGCCCAUGUUUGCUGAUAACAUCAAGUGGCAUAACGACAGCUUAAGGCUCAAAGCUGAAGCUCAGUGUGGAGAUGAUUAUGAAUGCUUGUUUGACGUGGCAUCCACAAGAGACCUGUCUAUUGGCAUGGUAACAAAAGAUAUUAAUAUUCAGUUGGUCAAUGAGUCAAACAUUCUUGACAAUUUUCCACCCAAGAUAAUAAACAAUUCAAGCUCAAUAAACGCCACCUAUAAUUCAACUGUUCAGUUGGACAUCAUAGCGGAAGACACCGAUACGAUUACAUUUAGAGUGUUUAACGUACCCCCAGGCGCCACGGUGAACCAAAGUGGAAACGUGCUUCAUUUCACUUGGCUUGUUACAUCAACACGAAAGUUCAACUUAUCGUUUGUUGCUACUGACGACAAAGGUGCGAGCACAACCUGGAGUCCCACGAUUAAUAUGUGCGUCUGCUCUCAUGGUGGACAGUGCGUCUCACCAGAUGAAGGCGACCCAGUCAACACUGAUAGUAGAUUUGUUUACAUGGGAUGCGCAUGUCAGGGAGGUUACACAGGAAGGUUCUGUGACAGUGACAUUGACGCCUGCGAGAUGAAUGGUCAGCCGUGUUACGCAGGUGUGGAGUGCAUUGAUCUUCCUCCUCCAGCUAAUGCCAGUGGAUACACAUGCGGACCUUGUCCAACCGGUUAUACCGGAAGUGGCGCCCAGUGUGCAGAAUUCGAUGAAUGCCAGAGCAAUAAUUCAAACAACUGUGAACAAAUCUGUGUCAAUGUCCCGGGGUCCUAUUUAUGUGAUUGUCGUGAAGGAUACAAGCUCAAUGACGAUGGAAGAAGCUGUGACGAUAUCAAUGAAUGUGAGUUACGAAAUAACUGCACACAGCUGUGUGUGAACAAUCAGGGGAGUUACACCUGUUCUUGUAACCAGUAUUUUGAAAUAGAUCCCGCUGACUGGACAAAUUGUGUGGCCACAAAUCCAUGUUUGUCUGGUCAUGGCUGUUCACAAUUUUGCUUCAAAGGAAGUGAAGGCCAACCAACUUGUGCAUGCUUUGCUAACUACAGGUUGGAGAGCGAUGGAAAGACGUGCAAAGAACGGCCUUUUUUCGUUUAUUGCGUAGGUUGGUUCUGUUGCGAUCCUCAUUUCAAGACUCUGGAUGGUGGGAAUUACACAUUUAAUGGCCUUGGAGAGUACGUCAUGAUCGAUGCACAAAACGGAACUUUUCAGCUCCAGGCCAGGACAGGCCUUGCGCAGGGGAAUUCAACAACGGCUACUAUUUUUACAGCUGGGGCUGCUAAAGAAGAAAACACCAGCAUUGUUGAAGUGAAAGUGAAGAAAGGAGGUGGUAUCAGCAUUUUCAUUGACCGCGUAGUUUACAGUGGUUAUAGCAAUCUAACAAACCAAAGUGUAAGCGUUGGAGGUAAUAUCUCUUUCUUAAAACCUAAAGAAAACUGUCUGGAGGUUUCUUUCCCAUCAACGACGGCCGUCGAAUUCUGUGAGAAGAAAGAAAUGCUGUCCUUCGUUGUAACUCCUGGAGAUGAUUAUAAGAAUGCCACGAAAGGUUUGCUGGGAACUUGGAAUGAUAACCCGGAUGACGACUACACGUUGCCUGAUGGGACGGUUCUACAAUCCUCCUCAUCGUUUAGAGAGAUUCAUUUCAAGUUUGGUGUUAAGUGGCAAAUUAAUCAAUCCCAGUCCUUAUUCGCCUACGCUAAAAAUGAAAGCGUGGACACGUUUGCUAAGCUGGAUUUCGAGCCCAUGUUUGCUGAUAACAUCAAGUGGCAUAACGACAGCUUAAGGCUCAAAGCUGAAGCUCAGUGUGGAGAUGAUUAUGAAUGCUUGUUUGACGUGGCAUCCACAAGAGACCUGUCUAUUGGCAUGGUAACAAAAGAUAUUAAUAUUCAGUUGGUCAAUGAGUCAAACAUUCUUGACAAUUUUCCACCCAAGAUAAUAAACAAUUCAAGCUCAAUAAACGCCACCUAUAAUUCAACUGUUCAGUUGGACAUCAUAGCGGAAGACACCGAUACGAUUACAUUUAGAGUGUUUAACGUACCCCCAGGCGCCACGGUGAACCAAAGUGGAAACGUGCUUCAUUUCACUUGGCUUGUUACAUCAACACGAAAGUUCAACUUAUCGUUUGUUGCUACUGACGACAAAGGUGCGAGCACAACCUGGAGUCCCACGAUUAAUAUGUGCGUCUGCUCUCAUGGUGGACAGUGCGUCUCACCAGAUGAAGGCGACCCAGUCAACACUGAUAGUAGAUUUGUUUACAUGGGAUGCGCAUGUCAGGGAGGUUACACAGGAAGGUUCUGUGACAGUGACAUUGACGCCUGCGAGAUGAAUGGUCAGCCGUGUUACGCAGGUGUGGAGUGCAUUGAUCUUCCUCCUCCAGCUAAUGCCAGUGGAUACACAUGCGGACCUUGUCCAACCGGUUAUACCGGAAGUGGCGCCCAGUGUGCAGAAUUCGAUGAAUGCCAGAGCAAUAAUUCAAACAACUGUGAACAAAUCUGUGUCAAUGUCCCGGGGUCCUAUUUAUGUGAUUGUCGUGAAGGAUACAAGCUCAAUGACGAUGGAAGAAGCUGUGACGAUAUCAAUGAAUGUGAGUUACGAAAUAACUGCACACAGCUGUGUGUGAACAAUCAGGGGAGUUACACCUGUUCUUGUAACCAGUAUUUUGAAAUAGAUCCCGCUGACUGGACAAAUUGUGUGGCCACAAAUCCAUGUUUGUCUGGUCAUGGCUGUUCACAAUUUUGCUUCAAAGGAAGUGAAGGCCAACCAACUUGUGCAUGCUUUGCUAACUACAGGUUGGAGAGCGAUGGAAAGACGUGCAAAGGU